GAAAUUCUCGGUCUGAAUCGGGAUUUCUCCGCUGCUGCAGCUCAAGCACACAUACCGAACCAGCCCCGUUAUCACCAAACCUCAAAUCACAAUCAGUAAUUACGCUAAUUUAAAGAUCUCCCGGAUUCUGUUCUUUGUUGCAGUGUUACUCUCUGCAAAUGCAGGCAAUAAAGUGUGUGGUUGUGGGCGACGGUGCCGUGGGUAAAACCUGUCUGCUGAUCAGUUACACUACCAAUGCCUUCCCCGGGGAGUACAUCCCCACAGUCUUUGAUAACUACUCUGCCAAUGUGAUGGUGGAUGGCAAGCCGGUGAACCUGGGACUGUGGGACACUGCUGGCCAGGAGGACUACGACAGGCUCCGGCCGCUCUCCUACCCACAGACGGACGUGUUCUUGAUAUGCUUUUCCUUGGUGAGCCCAGCGUCCUUCGAGAAUGUCCGAGCGAAGUGGUACCCAGAGGUGCGGCAUCACUGUCCAAACACACCAAUCAUCCUGGUGGGGACCAAGCUGGACUUGCGGGAUGACAAGGACACGAUCGAACGUCUCCGGGACAAGAAACUGGCCCCCAUCACCUACCCACAGGGGCUGGCAAUGGCCAGGGAGAUAGGUGCAGUGAAGUACUUGGAGUGCUCGGCUCUCACUCAGCGCGGUUUGAAGACUGUGUUUGACGAGGCCAUCCGAGCGGUGCUGUGCCCCCCGCCUAUCAAGAAACGAGGCAAGAAGUGCACCGUCUUUUGAAGGAACCCCAACAGCAGCCGUCUCAGGAAAAAAUAAAAAAAUGGGGUGAACCACACAUCAUUUGCAGUUUUUUUUUUUUUUUUUUUUUUUUUGUGAGAAAAAAUUCCUAAAAUUCUGUUUUCGGCCAAUGAAGGUGGAGAAGGGAAGGGGGUGGGUGAAAUCCAUUGAGUGUACCCCCUCCUAAAAACAACAAAAGCUAGUUUCUGUCAGAAAUCUGCCUUAGAAUUUGUAAGAAAAAAGGCGUCUUAGAUUGUUGCAUGAUUUGUAAGCAACUAAAGAAAAGGCAUUUUAAACCACCUCUCCUGCCAAAAAAAAUAGGAAAAAAAACGAAAUCCCCCUUCAUCCAAAGUUUCUAAAAAUACUGUUUUAACAAAAAGUAAAUGUCCCUCCUUAAUCUCAAAAUGUAAUUCCUUUUAAAAUGAUUUUGGUAAGUGUUGCGAUGUGGGCUUGGCUAGUAUUACUAAUGUAUUCAUCUUUUUUGUGUGAAUGUUGCUUUGAAGGAGCCCAUAGAUGUGAAGCUGCUGUAUAUCGUGGUACUUGCAGAAGUAUAUACUACAGUGUUUAAGCUUAACCAGCUGUCACUUCAUGGCUACAGUCUGUUAUUCUGUGACUUAGACAGUGAGAACUCAUUGUAAAUGUAGAUAACCAAUGUGUAUAAACACAUAUUUUCUUGUCGGUUCCAAUCAUAUUAAUUAACGGGUGCCUUGGAGUCCAGUUUCGGAGAGCAGUAAAAACUUUUUGGGGUUCCGAAGUGUCCUAAUGGUGAUCUGUCUUAAUUAAAAGAAGUGCUACUGUUUUCAGAAUUAGAAAUAGCUGAGAAAUUCAAAUGAUGGUUUGAGGCAGAAGAUGAUCAAGACACUGUCACCAUUCUCCAAUAGGCAUUGCUCUUAAUUGGAUGAAUCUCUGCCUAAGCUUGGGCACAAAAUAUAGACAGCAACUUGCAUUUCAGGAUGUUGAAAUCUCUCCUGUUUAAUUUCUAUGUACUGCAAUGCAGUGGUGUGGAAGCUGGCCGCACCCCAGCACCAAUCCUAGGAUCUCGCUGUGCAGUUUACAUUCUUUAGUAUCUAGUUUUUUUGAGUGAAUAAAUAACGUUUGUUUCCACAAUUGAACCCAAUGGUGCGUGUCGCAUUAGUCUAGCUUUAUGGAAACCACUACAGUUGUAGUUAAGUGUUAUGUCCCCAAUUAGAUCCAGUAGCAACUACACUGUUGUGUCUUCUGCAUAGAUAAUAUAACAUUCUAAACAUACAGUUUGUUACACUGCUGUUACUCAGGAACAGCUUGCAUCUGAAACAGAUCAAACCAAAAGACAAGCUAUAGAUCACCAUUGGGAUUGUUUUCAAUCUUCAUUUCUACUGGUUUUAUUGCCUUUUUAAACGCAUACUUUACAUUCAGCAUUCUUUGGUAGCAAAACGUCUUGUAUGUUUAUCCUCGUUGAUGGCUACCUCUCUCAUGUUUAAGAUGUCUCUUAGCAUCCUUUCGUACAAGACCCAGUACAAGGCCUUGCAUAAAGUAAUGCACAAGACUUCACUCAAAUUACUUAGUGCAUGGAUAACGAUUCAACAGAGCUGUCUCAGAUAACACUUUCGAUAAUUGCUAUUCCCAGGAAAAGUUAAAUGAUGGUCACCAAAUGAAUCUGUCAACGUGCCCAACCGCUCUGAGCAGCAACAACCUGUUCACUCUCCUUCCAAGCAGAGCCUGUCCCUGCUUUCAAGAGACACUUAUUGGGCUCUUUCACUGAUGGCUUCAAUCUGAAAGUCUUAAAAGGCUAUUUGGGAUUUGACUUGAAUUGACUUGACAUAUAGUGCUGUAGAGCACAGCGAUGUUUUUUAGUUUACAGUGAGGUUCCAUUUAAAAUUCAGCAGAUGUCUGGGAGCUAAGAGGGGACAUUCUUGAUGAGAAGGUGCUAAAAAUGUUUUUUUUUACAAUUUGUUAGACAGCCUAGACGUUAGGUGCUAGGUGUUUGAAUCUAAGAGAGCUCUCUAGAUGCAUCUGUUUUAUAUACCCAGUCUGAUGUGAAGGAAGGGGAUGCAGUGACACCAAAUACAUACAGCUUGUGGGCUUAAUGAGCUGAUACAAGAAGUGGGAUGGAAUGCAUUAAUAUGCAACCUGACUCCCCCUCAAAUUUAUGAACCAUUUUGAAUACUGAUGGGGGUGCUUUCCAAAACUGUCGGGACAAAACCUGUUGUGCAUAUACAAUUUUUAUUUUUUUCAACUUUUCAUUGUGGUUUACUGCACAAAGGGCCUGCAACCUAAGGAGAAAUUUGGGGGGUGGGGGGAAUCAAAUAGUGUGUUGGAUAAACAUUUUCAAGUGUCCUAAGUAACAUUGGGGGGCUAGCAUGCCAAAUUUGAAACUGCUUAACCCAGUUGCUUAAACAGUCUAGAUGUUUAACUUGGGGCAUCAUCAACAUCAGAGUCCCGUCUUAAUUCUGUUUUCCAUUUUCAAACCUGUCCUUCCUUUGUAUGUAUGUGUGUGUGUGUGUGUGUGUGUGCUUUGGGUUGCUGUGGUAACCGCUGAUCUGUAGGUGAUGUUUUUGCAUCUUUGAUAAUCCACUUGACUUGGAAGAUAACAAUUUACACACAACUUUUAAUUUCAAACACUUAAUUCGGUCCGUUUUUAAUUGCUGCCAAAAAAUAAAUAAAACAAACAGUGAAUAACAAAUCCUUUAACAUUUUAGAACAGGCAUGUGUUAAUAAAAGCAAUUAUUUGUAUGUAUCUAAUGAAGUCUUUUUUCGUUUGUUUGUUUUGAAUUAGGGAGUGACCAAACCUACAGGAGCAUGCUCAGUACUCCCAGUUAUCCAUGCCAGUAUAACAGCUCUUCAAAAAGUUAAUAAUGGGUAGAAAUAAAGGCAGCAGUAACCACUGCAGAAGGCAUUGUUAUUAUCAACUUACAAAUAAUAAUCAGUUUCUGACUGGGGAAAUAGGCUUUUCAGGAGAUUAGUGUAUGUUAUUAUGAAAAGUAAAAUGAAUAAUAAAAAAAAAAAACAACAUUGAACUCCUCUAUAAACCUAAUUUGAAAGCGACUGCAUAUUAUAUAUUUUACACUUCAAUAGUAUUGAAAAUAGACUCCCUCUAGCGUUUGAUAUGUGAAAUUACAGCAUGGUUAGUGACUCUUUUUAGGAAUCCAGAAUCCCACUCUUGCAGCAGAGCUUCGUUGGCAUGGCAACAGCAGGGGAGUGAUCUGUCUGAGCAUACUCUGAAAGAAAGGUCUGGGUCUCAUGUCUUAAACUGCAUGGAAAGUGUUCCGAGCCUGUGGAUAGAGUUGGUCUUGAAAACUCCUUCAUUUCCUCUGCGGGUUUGGUGUGAUUCAUAACUCGCUUAAGAUGAGCUCCAUGUUUGUUAUCCUUUUUGUAUUAUUAUCAUUAUUAUUAUUAAUGUCAUAGAGUAUUGUGGAAUAAAAAGUUUUGUAUAAUAAAUAUGAACUUAUAACAAUU